AUGGUAAUGCUGAGCGACCAUUCCAUGCGUGCCAGUCUCCAAGUGGCACCUCUCAAGCUUCACAAAUCACAAUCCUGCGAUGCGCUGUCGUCGAAGCAGGACCAGUACAGCUCCAAGUCAUAUUCAACAGCACACAUGACACCACCCGCAACACCCAAUGGCUCGCAGGAAGAUCUGGCUGCGCAGAUGCCGCCGCCAGUAUUCCACAACUUCCUGCGAGCCUUUUACCCCUUCCACCCGAGCUACGCCAUGACCGACUCGAGCGUGACAUUGCCAUUGAACGAAGGCGACAUCAUUCUUGUGCAUUCAAUUCAUACCAACGGAUGGGCCGAUGGAACUUUGCUGGUAUCGGGCGCAAGAGGAUGGCUUCCCACCAACUACUGCGAGGCUUACGACCCAGAGGAGAUGAGAAAUCUGUUGAAGGCUCUGCUGAACUUCUGGGACUUGCUCCGAAGCACUUCCGUCAACGAUAGCGAGAUCUUCGGAAACCAGGAGUUCAUGAAGGGUAUCAUUGCUGGAGUGCGAUACCUUCUGGAACGCACUCACUGCUUGACAAGAGAAUCGGCAAUCAUCACCCGUAACGAGAACCUGAGGCGCGCGAGAAAGACGCUGCUCUCUGAGCUGUCGGCGUUGGUGAAGACGGCAAAGAAGUUGCAGGAGGCGCAAAAGGGUGUCCUGCAACCACGCGAAGACGUUAACGACAUCAUCGACGAGAUGAUCCUCAAGGCCUUCAAGAUCGUGAUCAAAGGUGUUAGGUUUUUCGACAUCCUGGAAGACGAUCGACGGCAACGAGCCCCUGCGGUGACCGUCAUGGCGACCGUCAUCGAGGAAUCCUACAUUCCCCCGACGCCACCUGCAGAUCAGACCAAGUUCGACGAGACUCAUGCAGGUUCCCGAAUGACGAACGGUGCACCUGGCAGGGGUGCACCAUCGCAACCGACCGACGCGGCACAGUCAUCGCCCGCUAACAGGCGGCUUUCAACGCUCUACUCGCCUGCCAGCCCCAACUCGCACCGAUUGUCUCAGAAUGUCAAACGGCUUUCAUCCAACAUCUCCCAUCGCGUUUCAUUGGCUGGACCUUCGCCGCUGUCAAGACCUGGUCAUCUUGUCUCGGAACGCCUCAACAAGAGCCACGACACUUUCCUGUCACACCUGGGAUCCUUCAUUGGUCGUUUGCACUUACAAUCCCAGUCUCGGCCGGAGUUGGCUUUUGCCAUCAAGCUGUCAGCGACAUCUGGUGGAGAGUUGCUGGCUGUUGUCGAUGUCGUCUGCGGGCACAGCACUAGCUCGGACAUGCUGGUCCGAGCCAGGGAGAUGAUGUUUGAGCGCAUUCGCGAGUUGGUCUCGGCGGCUGGCCAGAUCAUCCGCCAUGCGGUAAUGCAGGAUGCGGAUGUAAUCAUGCCGCAAGACAACAGCAUGCUUCUAAUGGCCGCAACUGGCUGUGUGAAAGCUGCUGGCGAAUGUGUGGCCAAAACUAAAUGGGUCAUCGAGCGUGUGGGCGACUUUGAAUGCGAAUUCCAGGCUGGAGAGCUUGGUAUUGACCUCAGCGUAUUGGAACUCGCACCGGAACCUCACUAUCGACGACCAUCCAUCGCUCCGUCAAUUGCAGAGACUGCAACGACCGAGGCGACUAGCGUAGCAGAAUCAUCGAGGAGUACUGACUCUGUCCAUUCUGUUGUGCCGCCAACGCCCCACCGACCGAGUAUUGUCGCCAACGACAAGCCACUACCUCAACUACCUCACACUGAUUCACCUGAUGAAGAGUCCCGCCGAGUUCGACCUUCGUCGCAAAACUCCAACGGACGUAAUUCACGACCAUCUUCACUGGGCGAUGAUACUACUUCCAGCGUGGCAUCUUCCAUCUCGUCGAUUCGUCCGACUUUGCCUCCUCUUCCCAAACUCUCUACAUCCCUGCUCCCUGGAGAUGAGUAUGGCCCCAUCGAAAACAUUGGACAGGACGGCGACUACCACAAUUCCUCCCGUGUUGACAGUAUGACCGCAUCCAGCGCGGGCAGCAGCAGCACCUACCUUAGCCGGGACUCAGAGGCCAGCCUCGUUUCCCAAACUUCUACCCGCGCAACAACCCCGGACCACAUGUUGGCGCCUAGAAGCAAGCCGUCUAUGUCAGAGCUGAGCAACAACGGAAGCGCCCACAACCAUGACGAGGUGGACGAAGUCGAGUCUAGGAUGUUGGAGAAGACGUACGCUCACGAGCUCAUGUUCAAUAAGGAGGGUCAAGUAACUGGCGGAUCUCUCCCUGCACUUGUUGAGCGUCUCACAACUCACGAGUCCACCCCCGAUGCGACCUUUGUCUCGACAUUCUACCUUACUUUCCGACUCUUCUGCAGUCCUCUCAAGUUGGCAGAGACUCUCAUCGAGCGAUUCCACUACGUUGCCGAGGCCCCCCACAUGGCUGGCCCGGUCAGACUGCGCGUCUACAACGCCUUCAAGGGUUGGCUCGAGUCGCACUGGCGUGACGAGACCGACCGCGAAGCCCUCAGCUUGAUUGAGCCAUUUGCCGAGUACGAGCUCGGCGGCGUGCUGCCCUCAGCUGGUCGCCGCCUGCUGGAAUUGGCCCAGCGCGUCUCCAACGAUGUCCUGGUCCCUCGCCUGGUGUCUUCUAUGGGAAAGACCAACACUUCAAUUGCCCAAUACGUCCCGGCCGAUACUCCCCACCCGCCCUUGGCUAUCACCAAGAGCCAGUUCUCCCACCUCAUGACAUGGAAGAAUGGUGGCAGCAACCCUACCAUCCUCGACUUCGAUCCUCUUGAGAUCGCUCGUCAACUCACCAUCAAGCAGAUGAACAUUUUCUGCUCGAUUAUGCCCGAGGAGCUUCUCGCGUCGCAGUGGAUGAAGAAGGGUGGCGUCCAUGCUCCCAAUGUCAAGGCCAUGUCGGCUCUUUCAACUGAUCUCUCCAACCUCGUUGCCGAAACCAUUCUCCAGUACCCCGAGGUCAAGAAGCGCGCCGCUGUUAUCAAGCAAUGGAUCAAGGUUGCUCACCAGUGCCUCGAGCUUCACAACUACGAUGGACUCAUGGCCAUCAUCUGCAGUCUCAACAGCAGCACCAUCAGUCGUCUCCGCAAGACCUGGGACGCCGUCUCUCCCAAGCGGCGUGAUAUGCUCCGCCACCUGCAGGCAAUUGUCGAGCCAUCGCAGAACAAUAAGGUCCUGCGAACCCGUCUCCAUGACCAUGUCCCGCCCUGCUUGCCGUUCCUUGGCAUGUAUCUGACCGAUCUUACCUUCGUCGACAUCGGCAACCCCGCCACCAAACAGCUUCCCACACUUGGAGGUGAUGGCUGCGAAGAAAACGGCGGCGGCCUUACCGUUGUCAACUUCGACAAGCACACCCGUACGGCCAAGAUCAUUGGCGAGCUCCAGCGAUUCCAAAUUCCCUACCGGCUCAACGAGCUUCCUGAGAUGCAAGAUUGGAUGACGGCGCAGAUCGUCCGCGUACGGGAGAGCGACCAGGGCCAGAAUGUCCAGGUCAGCUACUACCGCAAGAGUCUGCUGUUAGAGCCUCGCGAGAUGGCGAUGCGCGCCCCCGCCGAGCCUCAAACCAGCACAACCACUACUCAGCGUAGCGGCGAUCUCUUCGGCUGGAUGAGCCGAGGAGACCGGGGUGCGCCGACACCCACGCCGAUGUGA